UAAUACAAGAAAUAGAAACGGUGUAGGAAGCUACUAUGACGGCAAUUCCAAACGUCGUCGAUAUUGAAUCUUCUUCCUCUUCGCUUUGUCAAGAGACGGCAACGGAGACCGUCACCGUUGAAAGAGGCUCGUCUGAUUCAUCUUCAAAGCCAGACGACGUCGUUUUACUAAUCAAGGAAGAGGAGGAUGACGCCGUUAACUUGUCACUUGGUUUUUGGAAAUUGCACGAGAUAGGUUUAAUAACACCGUUCUUGAGAAAGACGUUUGAGAUCGUCGAUGACAAAGUAACAGACCCGGUUGUAUCAUGGAGCCCGACCCGUAAAAGCUUUAUCAUUUGGGAUUCUUACGAGUUCUCAGAGAAUCUACUUCCCAAAUACUUCAAGCACAAGAACUUCUCCAGUUUUAUUCGUCAGCUUAACUCUUACGGUUUUAAAAAGGUCGAUUCAGAUAGGUGGGAAUUUGCUAACGAAGGGUUUCAAGGAGGGAAGAAACAUUUGCUUAAGAACAUCAAGAGGAGAAGCAAAAACACUAAAUGUUGUAACAAGGAAGCGAGUACCACCACGACAGAGACUGAGGUUGAGUCAUUGAAGGAGGAACAGAGUCCAAUGAGAUUGGAGAUGUUGAAGCUGAAACAACAACAAGAAGAAUCUCAACAUCAGAUGGUCACUGUGCAGGAGAAGAUCCACGGAGUUGAUACCGAACAACAGCAUAUGCUUAGUUUCUUUGCAAAGUUGGCUAAAGAUCAAAGAUUUGUAGAGAGACUGGUGAAGAAGAGAAAGAUGAAAAUACAGAGAGAGCUAGAAGCAGCUGAAUUCGUGAAGAAGCUCAAGUUGCUUCAGGAUCAAGAAACUCAAAAGAACUUGUUAGAUGUAGAAAGAGAAUUUAUGGCCAUGGCUGCAACAGAACACAAUCCCGAGCCUGACAUUUUGGUGAACAAUCAAAGCGGGAAUACGAGAUGUCAGCUUAACUCAGAGGACCUACUUGUUGACGGUGGCUCAAUGGAUGUAAAUGGGAGGAUAGAGAUAGAGUAGAGCAAAACCGGUAACAUAGCAAUAGAGAAGGUACCAAAUCCCAAGGCUUGAGAUCCGAAUCCGUAGCGCUUUGUUGUAUGGUUUCAUGUGUAUAUAAGCGAAAGGGACUUGUAAAAAGCGACUCAAGGACUUGUAAAAAAGUGUAGCUCUAGUGAAAAGGGACUUGUAAAAAAGUGUAGCUCUGGUUAACUGUUGCCAUCGCCUUCCAUUACUAAUAAUUUUUUAACUAGCGAGUAGUGACUUGUAGCAUAAAAUAGAAGAAAUUCAUUCAAAGUUUUGAGGGUGAAAAAAUAAAAGAACCUGUCAGACCGCCGUGCGACCACCCCGGCAAGCCGCACGGUCAUGGUUCAUCAACCAGGGUUAAGGGCCUGUCUCUUGAGAAAUCAAGGAAACAGAGGUACGAGCCUAUAGAACAGAUCCUGUUCAAGUAAGGUCGUGACCAAUGGUGCUUUGUAGCCAUAUAUAAAGCAGUUAUUUCUUC